UGGUUCAGUUAAUCUUUUCUUACUAUGUUUAUUAAACUUUCCAGGUCUAUUCAGUGACUUGGAUGGUGGUAAAGCGGAGACCCUUGGAAUCAAGUCCUACGGAGUUUCCAUGACAUCAUUAGAGGAAGUCUUUAUGAAGCUAGAGGAAGAUAACUCAACUGAGAAUUUGCAAGAAAUGAUAGAGUCAACAAUGGAAACUGAAAAUGUCCACGUCCACAAGAACAGAGUUAGCCCCCUUACUGUAGCGGACGUUCAAACCACUGAAGUAAACAUUGACACAGAUUUACUGGACCUUGAGAAACAGACAGAAAAUCUCUCCACGAGACAGUUCAAAGCUAUGGUCAAAAUGUGGGCACUUCUUAAUUUCCGUAACAAAGCCAAUUUGAUUUUUGCUCUCGUUUUGCCAGUUGUUUUUGUGGUGGUAGGCAUGGUAAUAAAUAAGACGGCAACCAAUAUUACAAAGGACCUCACACCUACCCCUCUUAGUCUGAUGGGCUUGCCUGCUUAUGCCAAGAUGAGGAAUAUUCCAUCAGGAGCACCAAAUUUAUUACUUCGCAAUUCUGAUGGUUCUCCAGCAAAUGAUUGGGUAAACCUUAUAAAUAGCACCUACUACACAGACGUGUUUGACAACACCACCAAUCUGUUGAGUAUAGCACCACACUAUGCUGGAAUGGACAUCUCCAAACUUCUAUACACAACCUCUUUUGCCAGUGCCUUUUCCAUCUUCUACAAUGCCACUGCUCCACACAGUAUACCCAUGAUUCUCAAUGCCCUGUCCAAUUCCUUAUUCAGCCUGCAGGCCAACAAAUCAGGUGUGGCCACCACAUCAUUUAUUUCUGCCACUAAUCUCCCCUGGACGGGAAAAGAGGACAACAACCGAUACAACCAGGGGGCGUUCUCCUCCAUUAUUCUGAUUGGCAUGGCAUUCAUUUCUGUAGCACCUACAUUCUCAGUAUACAUGGUCAAAGAUAGAGAGACGAAAUUCCGGACCCAGUUGCGAUCUGCAGGGGUCAGCUUCUGGAUGUAUUGGGGUACUCAUCUGUGUGUUGACCUAAUUAAAUACAGCUUCCCAGGAAUCCUGUGUGUUAUAGUGGUCCUCAUUAUGCAGCUGGACAGUCUCAGCAGUGCUGGUGCAGUGGGAUCCCUGAUUCUUCUUGUCCUAUUCUACAUUCCUUCAGCGACUAUGUUUGCAUAUUUGGCUUCUUAUAUGUUUGACAAAGCUGUGACCUGUCAGCAAUUUAUUGUAACAAUAUUUAUAUUUCUUGGCCUGUUGCCCUAUUCAGCAGUUUCUGUGUUGGACAUGUUAGCUGAACAGGAUAUUGCCAGGAUUCUACAUAUUGUAUUCUGUUUGAUUGAUCCCCCCUACAUUAUAUUCGGGGGAAUGUACUACAUUGAUAAGAUUUACAGAGUUAAUGUCUUCUAUUCCCUGGGCACUGUGGAGGAUUCAGAUUACUUCAAAUUAGAAAAUAACAUCGUCUACACCUACAUUAUUUGUCUGGUUGAUAUAGUGACAGUCUUUAUGCUGUUACGUAUGUUGGACAUCAAAAACACAGGCGGAGACGUCAAAGAAGCAUUUCCCUGUCACGAAAAACAAAACACAAUCCCUCAUACCAACAGUGAUGUCAUUCAAAAUGAAGAUGAUGAUGUCAAGGCUGAAAGAGAGAGGGUCAAGGCCAUAUUUAAUAAAAACAAUUUAGAGGGCCCAGUGGCAAUUGCUGAAAAUCUGAGGAAAGAAUUUGAGAAAAACAAAAGCAAACGGACUUGUUGUGGCAAAGGUGAAAAAGAAAUAAAAACGGCAGUUAGGAAUGUGUCCUUUGCGGUGGAUGAAGGAGAGGUAUUUGGACUUCUAGGACCAAAUGGUGCCGGCAAAACAACUCUGCUAAACAUGAUGGUAGCAGAGAUGGGACCAACUAAAGGACGGGUUGUAGUAGGAGGCUAUGAUAUUCAGUCAUGCAUGUCAGAAGCCUUCCAGGCCAUGGGCUACUGCCCCCAGCACGACGCCCUGGAGGAGCUAAUGACCCUGAAGGAGCAUCUGAUCCUGUACGCCACCAUCAGGGGGGUGCAGGAGGGUAAAGUCAAUGAUAUUGCUGACUGGUUUAUUGAUCAGCUGAAGGUCCAGGAACAUGCCAACAAACGUUCUAAGAAGCUGUCAGGGGGGACUAAGAGAAAGCUGAGUUAUGCUAUCAGCAUGCUGGGAAAACCAAAGAUAGUAUUACUUGAUGAACCUUCAACUGGAAUGGAUCCUGCUUCUAAAAGAUUCCUUUGGGACACUAUCAGUAGCAGUUUCCAGAACAGAGAGAGGGGAUCCAUUCUAACAACUCACUACAUGGAGGAAGCAGACGCUCUGUGCUCACGUGUGGGAAUCAUGGUCAAUGGAAAGCUUGAAUGCCUUGGACCUACACAACACCUGAAGAAUAAAUUUGGAAGUGGAUACAUACUAGAAGUGAAGCUGAAGGCCGGGGCAGCUAACGAGUCGACAGAGUCAGUGGAUCAGAGAAUGGACACUCUGGAGGAGUAUGUCUUCACCAUGUUUCCUGACGCCAUAAUCGUGGAGAGGUUUGGAUUGAGAGCUCAGUACAAAGUGCCCAAGAACAACGUCAGAUCUCUAGCUCACGUCUUCUCCUCCCUGGAGGAAGGCAAGAGAACACAUGACAUGGAGGAGUAUAAUUUCAGCCAAUCUUCUCUGGAGCAGAUAG